AUGCGACUAUGGAUAUGUUCAUUACUUUUUUAUGCCUUCAUUUUUUUAUUAUGUGAAUUGGGAAGAUUUCAAUUUUCAAAAUUUAACAAAUCAAAGCAUAAUUCUAUUAUCAUUAUCCUUGAGUUUAUUGGUACAUUACAAAUUUGUUCUCCGAUGUUUGAUGUAAAUUUAGUUAUUGAGUCAUAUGGAAUGACAGGAGUCUUCAUUGAAAUAAUUUUUAUUGAAAUUUGUAAUACCUACCUUUUGAGGGAUGCUUUUGGUGAUCCAUGCCUUUUGAUGCAAAAAUUUUUAAAUAAAAAAUCAUGGAAAUGGUUUGGUAUAUUGUUAAUGACACAAUUUUUGGCUGGUUUGGCAUCAUUUAAAUUGGCAAAGUAUUGGUGGAGUUUUGAGUUUCAUCCAAUAUAUAAUGAAAUGAUUAGUAAACAAAAUUGUGAAUCUGACUUAACGGUAACAUUAAUUUAUGGAAUGUUUGUUGAGGCUAUGGGUGUAAUUUCAGCUAAAUAUAUUGGAUCUAUACUAGAAAAAUAUAUUAAUGAUGAGACAUGGAAUAUCUUUUUGAAUGCCAUUUCAUCAGGGAUAAUUUGUGUAUUAGGUAUACAAUUAACAGGAAUGUAUGCUAAUCCUAUUGUAGCAUGGGCCUGUACAUUCAACUGCCAGGGUGUUUCACAUUUUGGACAUUUUUUAGUUUAUUGGAUUGCUCCAAUUAUUGCUCAUUAUGUUGUGGGAAAUUUUGAUGAGGAGGAAUCUGAUGGUAAACUAACAAAUGACAAAAUAAACAAAGAAAAUUUACCUGAAAAAUAUAAAAACAUUGAAAGGGAUAUAGUAAAUAAUAAAGAAUCAGAUGAUUAUUACACAACGGAAGAAACAGUGAUAAAUUCAAGCAAAGAAAAUAUUUUUACUGAUGGAAAAAGUAUUGAAAACGACAUAAUCACUACUUUUACAAUAGAUGUAAAUAAAGAUAAAAAACUUUUAGAUGAAAAUAUAAUUCACAAUGAAAUGAUAAGUGAUAGUUUAAAAAUAAAAUAUACAAAUAAUAGUGAUGAUGAGGAUUAUGAUGAAGAAGAAGAAGAAACUUAUGAUGAGGAGGAAUCUUCAGAAUGUAGUGUAACACAAAAAUAUAGCACUGAUUAA